GACCAUAAAAACUAUAAACCUAUAAAGACCCAUAAAAACUAGAUGUACCAAUCAAGAGGUUUCUGGGUUUUACAAGUAUCAUCACUUAGCAAAUGAUACGACAUUUCUGAACUAGAUGUACUAUGCAAAUAUGUAUACGUAGAUUGGUAGGAAAUGGGGGGGAAUUAUGUAAGUGCACCUGACUGGGGAUGUCGCCGGAGCAAAGCUGAGCGGCGAGUCGGCUGCGCUCUCUCUCUCUCUCUCUCUCUCUCUCUCUCUCUCUCUUUGCCAAGCGAAGAUGGUCUAUAUGGAUCCGGUUUUUGGGUUGAGAUUGGCCGGAUAUGGGAAGAAGAAUUCGAGUGAAUUUUCUCAGAGGAAACGUCACUUAGGUCCUUAUGGUUUAGUCGAUGUGCGGAUUAACCCCCUUUCCUUCAUUUAUCAGCACAUAAACCCCUAUAAACCAAAUAGAGAAAUUAGCAAGUGGUUAGCUUCCAAGUUCCCAACCCGUUUGGCGGAGCAUUCAAUCUGUCAACUCCCCCUUGUUUUCAUCGACACCUUCUUCCUUAUUUUCUUCAACUUCCUUCUUCCCAUUCCAACUACUCUCUCUCUCUCUCUCUCUCUCUCUCUCUCUCUCUCUCUCAGCUUCUCUUUGAAAGGCAUUCUUGAUUGGGAAAUGGACCCCUCCGCUACGACCUUUUCCAAAUCUGUUCUCUCCUCUCCUGGUUUAUCUGUGGGGAGAGCCAAUGGAAUUCAGAGCCCAAGAUGCAGCUUUAAUUUGGGAAGUAGGGUGAACUUUCUUGGGAAGAGUACCCGGAGUAUUCAAGUUAGCCGUAAAUUGCAGAAACGUGGUGGACCCCUUCGUGCUAAGUGCCUUGCAGAUAAAAUUUUGGUGGCAAAUCGAGGAGAAAUUGCGGUUCGUGUGAUUCGAACUGCUCAUGAGAUGGGAAUACCCUGUGUUGCAGUUUACUCAACCAUAGAUAAGGAUGCACUGCACGUGAAACUGGCUGAUGAAUCAGUCUGCAUAGGUGAAGCACCAAGCAAUCAAUCGUAUUUGGUGGUCCCAAAUGUCCUUUCUGCUGCUACCAGUCGUGGCUGUACAAUGUUGCAUCCUGGAUAUGGCUUCCUUUCUGAGAAUGCAGUUUUUGUUGCAAUGUGCAGGGAGCAUGGAAUCAACUUUAUUGGUCCAAAUCCUGACAGUAUACGCGUCAUGGGUGAUAAAUCAACGGCCAGGGACACAAUGAAGAAUGCUGGCGUUCCAACUGUACCAGGCAGUGAUGGGCUGGUGGAGAGCACAGAAGAAGCCUUUAGGCUUGCAAAGGAGAUUGGCUUUCCGGUGAUGAUCAAGGCAACAGCAGGUGGUGGAGGACGGGGAAUGCGUCUUGCAAAAGAACCUGAUGAGUUUGUGAAGUUGCUGCAGGCAGCUAAGAGUGAGGCUGCAGCUGCAUUUGGAAAUGAUGGUGUUUAUUUGGAGAAGUACAUCCAAAAUCCAAGGCACAUUGAGUUUCAGGUUCUUGCAGACAAGUACGGUAAUGUAGUUCACUUUGGAGAGCGUGAUUGCAGUAUUCAGAGAAGGAAUCAGAAGCUUCUGGAAGAAGCACCCUCACCUGCAUUAACCCCAGAGUUGCGUAAAGCCAUGGGUGAUGCAGCAGUUUCAGCAGCAGCAUCUAUAGGAUACAUUGGUGUUGGAACUGUGGAGUUCCUUUUGGAUGAGAGAGGUUCCUUUUAUUUCAUGGAAAUGAAUACUCGGAUCCAGGUUGAGCAUCCUGUGACGGAGAUGAUUUCCUCUGUCGACCUGAUUGAAGAACAGAUCCGGGUAGCAAGAGGGGAAAAACUUCGCUACAAACAGGAAGAUAUUGUGCUGAGAGGACAUUCAAUUGAGUGCCGUAUUAAUGCAGAAGAUGCUUUUAAAAAUUUCAGACCUGGGCCAGGUAGAAUAACAGCAUACUUGCCGUCGGGAGGUCCAUUUGUGAGAAUGGAUAGUCAUAUCUAUCCUGAUUACGUGGUUCCACCAAGCUAUGAUUCCCUACUUGGAAAGCUUAUUGUAUGGGCUCCAACAAGAGAGAGAGCAAUAGAACGCAUGAAAAGGGCUCUCAAUGACACUAUAAUUACUGGAGUUCCGACAACAAUCGAAUACCAUAAACUUAUCCUUGAAGUUGAGGACUUCAAAAAUGGAAAAGUUGAUACUGCUUUUAUUCCAAAGCACGAAGAAGAGUUAGCCCCGCCCCGGCAGAUAGUAAAGGUCAAUGCCGCCUGAACGGAUGUCUUCUUCCGCAAUUGGAGCUGCUGCUUCUUCUUGGGCUGAUUUUAGCUUACCAAUGGAUUUGAGCAUGAAGGUUGCCACUGUGGUCUGUUGCUUGUUUCCCUUUGUUGUGUUGAUUACUCAAAAACUUGAAAUAAAACCCUUUUGCUUUUUAGGCUGAAUGAGGUUCAAUAACAACUUUCGGUUUUAGAUUGAGUCAGAUAUAUGUUAGGGUUUACAUUGCGAAUUUCCAUUUUUGUUUCUCUGUCUUUUUUGUUAUUUUCCGGGUCAAUAGGUUUGUCGUAUAGUUACAGUUCGAGGAUCAAAAUGUUUCCCCAAUUCGCCUAAUCAAUGGUAUUUUUGCGGAAAUUCAAUGAUACUUAUCCGGAAGAAUGGCGCCAAAA